UCUCAAAACCAUUCAAACUGGCUGAAAAAACAAACGUUUCCCCCAGAUAUGACACACAAGCCCUCAAAAACACCCACACUACAACAUAGUCUUAGACACAGGUUUCUCUUCUUUACACAUAAUGGUGUUGAUUCUCUGUAUUUUUGCGUGUGGAUCUGCUCUUCUGUUCUGCUCUCUCAUCUACUGCAGACCACAAACAGGGCUCCAUGUGGAAGGUUAUUAUUGGGUUCAUCUGGGAGCUUCAGCGGUUUUGCCCUGUUUCAAUAACAAAAACUUACCAGCAGAUGUAAAGACGGUGAAAUGGAAUAAAUCAGGUUUAAAGGAUCCAUUGUGUGUAUUUGAAGAUGGAGAGGUCCAGCAUCCAGCAAGUUUUUCUCCUAGAGCAAAUUUCCUCUCUGAUAACUUUACACUUGGAAAUUUCUCUCUCCUGUUGAAGAAUGUGACAACUGAAGAUAAGGGACGAUACACAUGUACAGUUCACAGUGGACAGAGAUCUGUGUUGUCAGUCAGUGUAAAUUUGGAAUAUUAUGAAGAUGGUUCAGAUGUUAGAGUGGAUUAUUCAUGGAAUAUGGUUGUUCCUCUGGGAGCUUCAGUACUUUUGCCCUGUAUUAAUGACAAACCCUUAACAGCAGAAGAACUGAAGGUGGAAUGGAAAAAAUCAGACUCUGAAAGUCCAGUGUUUGUUUAUCAAGACGAGAGAUCAGAGAUAAAUCAGAGUUAUUCUGGCAGAGCUCAUUUCUCCACUGACGACAUUAAACAUGGAAUUUUCUCUCUCGUGUUGAAGUAUGUGACGGCGCAAGAUGACGGACAAUACACAUGUGAAGUUUACAGUGGAAAAGAUUCUGUGUUGUCUGUCAAUACAACAUUGGAACUGAGACUACUAGACACAGUUCUUUGUCUUCAGAUGUUUCUGGUUGUUUGUCCAAAUAUCAUCAUGUUUUUUGCUUUUGUCUUCUGGGGUGUUUCUGAAGGAUCUGUGUAUGAGACAGUCUUCUCCUGUGCUCUUUAUUUUCUUAGACCUCUCAUGCUGCUUUUUGCUGCUCCAUAUAAAAAACAGUUUAAAGGCACAAUCGAAACACUUUUAAAUUGGAGUUUGAAUACAUAUUAUAUUUCUUUCACAACUGUUCUUUAUUCAGUUCUUUUCAAAUCUGCUUGGGAGAAAAGUCUGAAUUACACUGCAUUUGAUAUAGUCAUGACAAUUGUGCAUUUUGUAAUAGUGCUUUUUUUAUGCCUCGCCUACAUCAUUUACACAACAUACUGUUGGUUGAUCAUAGACAGUGGAUGACAGACCAUCGUUAUAAAGUCCUCACUUCAUCUUUUCCUGGUCACAGUCCUUUUGGCUGCUCACUGUAG